AUGGAUGAAAAGGAGAUCGCCGGAUAUCGCCGGUUAACCUUUGCCGGCAUUUCGGUGGCCGCCGUGGCAACGAUGACGUCGAUCGUUGUCGUUCCGCUUCUGUUCUCCUAUGCUCAGAACGUACAGUCCCAUCUUGAAGUCGAAUUACGAUUCUGCGUCAUGAACACCCACAAUUUGUUCGAUGAAAUGAGGAAGGUUGAGCAAAUUACCGGUCAGACGAGUCGAAUCAAGCGUCAUCAAGGAUAUGGGCAGAACGGUUAUCAGGCGAGGCCUCAGGUCCCAGUAGUCCAACCGGGUCCUCAGUACGGCGGCGGUGGCGGCGGAUACGGCGGCGGAGGCGGCGGCGGAGGCGGCGGCGGUGGUUCGGUUUGUGUAUCAGGACCGCCUGGUCCACCCGGACCUCCAGGGCAAGAUGGCUUACCAGGCAAUGAUGGGGCUCCAGGAGCCGACGGUGCUCCAGGAGGCAACGGAGGAGGAUAUGGAGGAGGAGGCGGCGGAGGUGAGAUCUGCUUCGAUUGUCCACCUGCCCCCAGAGGUAUGCCUGGAAGACCAGGGCCAAGGGGCCCACCAGGACCGUCUGGCGGAGGUGGAAUGUCAGCUGCAGGAAUUCCUGGCCCUCCUGGCCCUCCAGGACCUCCCGGACCGCCCGGAAUGGACGGAGAGCCUGGUAUGCCUGGAGGUCCUGGCAAACCUGGAACUCUGAUAGAAGGUGGAGCAGGAGGUGGUGGUGGAGGUAUGGGACCACCUGGUCCUCCGGGACCACCUGGGCCACCAGGAGCACCUGGUGCACCGGGAAUGGCCAUGCCUGGACCACCUGGCCCACAAGGAGAUCCCGGAAUGCCUGGUGGACCAGGUCAACCAGGAGGAGCUGGCCAACCAGGUGCUCCAGGUGGUAUGGGUCUUGCGGGAGCGUGUGAACAUUGUCCAGAGCCAAGGCUUGCUCCUGGAUAUUAA